AUAGAGGGCCACUGUUAGCCCCGCCCACCCUGCACAGGGGAAAUAAAUAGGAUCACCGAUGAAAAAAUAAGAAACUGAGAGGAGGCAGAUAAAGAAGAUGCAAGGAGGCUGAGGAGACAUGCAGGGAGAAAAUGACUUCCUUUAUGGUCUUCACUUACUACGACUGGAGAAACACACUUCAGCUCUGGUUGGGUUUGUUUUUCACCUCUACCUGGAUGGAAAAGGCAAAAGAACUAAAAGGGAAGUUACUCCUUCUCUUUAUUGCUAUCUUUAUCUUCCUCCUCAGCCUCAAUGUGACAAUACACAGGACGUACAAGGCUUUCCCAAAGCCGCUUCCUGCGUCCAAAAUGUGCCCCCUGCAGAUCUCUGAGCAGACCCUAACCCCCCUCUACAAUACCAAGCACAUUCUGGUAUCGGCCUACAUGGACCAGAGAGUGAAGGGCUUGGAUAUACGCAUCAUCGGCAUCUUUAAGAUAGACUCCGACCAACCCCUCUACUGUCUUUUCUGCUGUGCAGGCCAGUUGUCAAGUGCAACUCCAACAACCAUUUUAAAACACAAUGACAACUUUGGUUUUCCUUUCAUCACAACAGAUGUCAUGUGUGGAAUUCCUAAGGGCUUCAGUGCUACACAUGUCACUCUGUUGACGCAGCCACACCGUGUUACAAUACCUAACCAGACUUGGCUUCCUAUAAGAAACCAGAAGACCGGUAGGAAAGAGGAGCAAAAGUUACAGUUUAACUUCACAGUCUGCAUCUCCAACCUGUUCGGAGAUUACAACAAUGUGCUUCAGUUUGCACAGACUCUGGAGAUGUACAGGUUGCUGGGUGUGGACCGGGUGGUGAUUUAUAAAACCAGCUGUGGGCCAGAGCUGGACCGCCUGCUGCAGAGCUACAGCCAGGAGGGCUUCGUGGAGAUGGUCCCGUGGCCCAUCCACCGGUACCUGAACCCAUCAAAGGGCUGGCUCUUCUCACAGAGCGGGGGGGACGUUCACUACUUCGGCCAGCUGACCACGCUCAAUGAGUGCAUUUACAGAUCCAUGGAGCGCUCGCGCUACGUGCUGUUAAACGACAUCGAUGAGAUCAUAAUGCCGUACAAACACAACAACCUGAUGUCUCUGAUGGACAUGCUUCAAAAGCAGCAGCCAAAUACAGGAGUAUUCCUCAUUGAGAACCACAUCUUCCCCAAGCACCAUUUUGAGCCAAGCGGGAGGUUUCACCUGCCUCAGUGGAGCGACGUGCCGGGAGUUAAUAUUCUGGAGCAUAUCUACAAGGAGGAUCCCGACAGGAGUAUAUACCACCCGCACAAGAUGAUAGUUCAGCCAAGGUUGGUGGAGCAGACCUCGGUGCAUGAAGUGAUCAAGAACUUUGGAGAACGGUUCAAGGUUCCUAUGGACGUUUGUCGGAUCAUUCAUGUCCGCGUGGCACUGCGGGGGUCGUUAAAGUUUGAGCAGCUCCGUGAGGACAAACGGCUGUGGGACUUCCAAGAAAAACUGAUUCCUAAUGUGGACAAAGUCCUAAAGAGAGCGGGGCUGCUGGGCUCAGAGGGGCGGAGCUGAUGGAUGGGAAGGACAGACACUUGAACAGAUGAAUGUGACCCUUUAAAUCCCAAAACAUCCCGGUUAAAUCUAUGUCAUAUCAUUAAAAGUUGCUCUAUCUUCGCUCUUAAGAUUGUUGUUAUUUUGUUUGACUUGCUUGUAAGCGCUUUGAGCACCAGGAAAAGCGCUUUAUAAAUGUAAUGUAUUAUUAAUAUUAUUAAGAGCCUCCAUACUGCCUGCACUCAGUAACAACUGCCAACUCAGCUAAUGCUGAAGCUAAGCACAACAUUUAAUUGAAUGCUGCUCGGUUGUCAACAUUUCAAUUUUUUUUUUAAGAACUCUAAAUGCACUGUGUGACUAACUGGCUGCAAGCAUUACAUUUAAUUGAGCUGACGCUUUUGUCCAAAGCAACGUAGAAAUGAACGCAAUCAACCAUGAAAAUACAGAUUUAGAAGCGCCAGAAUGCUUUUAGGAACCUUUUAAAUGUGAACAUUUUUUGAUGAUUCAUUUUUAACUCGAGGGAGGUUUCUGAUCAAAUGCAAUUUGAGUGACUCAAAAACCCUGCCCAUCAUAUGAAGCAGUUGUUCAACUCUUAAGCUCGGGUCUCCUCCUCCUGUGUUCUUAUUCUUCAUCACAGUAACUAUAAUUAUUGUACAUAAUGAAGGAUUGUAAGGUACUGGAGUUUAGAGCGUCUAUUUCAUGUCAGACAACUUUUGGUAUUUUAUUUAUUUAAAAAUAAUGUAAGUGUUUUCUGAAAUGUAAUGUAAGAUAAGUGUAUUUGUAUAUGACAGCUUUGUGAAAAAAUAAAAA